CUCAGUAAGGAUUACCACAAACAAUCUUAAUGAACAGAUCUGUUUUACUCUGCCUAUUUUGGCUGCAACAUUUGUUUUAUUUAUUUAAGUCGUAAGCGGAAGGUGUGCGUGAGCAUGCACUUAAAACAUGCUGUUUUAGAGAGGUGUGUCAGAGAUAAUAGAUAAAUGGUGAUCCCUGAUCCCUCUCUUGCGACUUAAGCCACACGUUUCUAAAGCAGUUUAUAGCCAGCAGGCUGAGUUUACUUGUAGAUUCACAUCACAAGAGAAGUUGUCACAACCAAUUUUCCAAUGGCAGAAAACAACUUUCCUCCUCUGCCUGGUUUUAUACCACUGAAGCCAUGCUUCCACCAGGACUUUGAGGAAAUUCCCGACCAGCAUCGCACCAUGUGCAAGAGACUCUACUACCUGUGGAUCUUGUAUUGUGCCACUUUGCUGGUGAAUUUCUUUGGCUGUAUGGCAUGGAUGUUUGGUGGUGGAGGAGUGACUAACUUUGGGAUGUCGCUCAUAUGGGUUAUCCUCUUUACCCCGUGUUCCUACGUGUGCUGGUUCCGAUCCAUUUACAAUGCCUUUAAGACUGACAGCUCGUUCUAUUUCAUGGCUUUCUUCUUUGUCUUCAUGGCACAACUUUUCAUUGUCAUAAUACAGGCCAUUGGUAUCCCAGGAUGGGGCGUCUGUGGCUGGUUGGGCACCAUCUCCUUUUUUGGCACGAGUAUCUUUGCUUCCAUCAUUAUGCUAAUUCCCACAAUCAUGUUCACUGCAGUCGCUGCCGUUGCAUUCAUCGCACUUACUAAGGUUCAUAACUUCUACCGGGGGAGUGGAGGCAGUAUGAGUAAAGCUCAGGAGGAGUGGGUAUCUGGGGCCUGGAAAAAUCCUCAUGUUCAGCAGGCAGCUAUGAGUGCCGCUACAGGGGCCAUGCAGGGCCCGCCGGCACAACAGUUCUCCACACCAACCUAUGACAAUACAAUGUAAUACAGUAGAAAACAAUAAUGAUGCACUGUAGCUAAAACAUGAAGGUUAUAUAAAAAGAGUGGGGCUGUUAAAACAAUGUAGUAUUUUUUUCAGGUUUGUCUAUGUUUUUUUUUUUUUUAGAUUUUAUGAAUGAGAAAAUGUGUUAAUGUA